UCCGGUAUAAAAGCUUUGGCGCGUCCGACUCACCACCAUUCCCGGAGUCCAUAACUGCUGCGCCUGAAAGCGGGCGGGAAACAACUUUGCAGAAGUUUUUACAAAGUGCAGUGGCGGAGGAUUUGAGUUUGUUGAUAUGAGGGAAUUUCGUGGGAUGAGUACAGCAAGACAUCGCGGUUGCCUUUUACUGGUCACUGCGGUGGUUUUAAUCUUCUCCUCCUACAUUGAACAGGUGAUGAGCUUGCCCGCUUUGCCAGCUCCAAACCAGUGGCCCACAUUUCCCAGAAGAAAUAUAGCCGCUCUAGCCAGAGCGGGUUAUUUGAGAGGAGGUUCAGCAGCUACUUUUAAAAGAAGCAUUUCGACUUUAGCAAAAAAUGGAAUGCUUCCCACUUUUAGAGCACCGUACGAUGAAGCCGACAAACCAGAUGAUGACGACGGAGAGUCCCAUGAAAAACGAAAUUUGGCUUCAAUAGCUCGGCUGCGGAGCUACUCGGCCAUGAAACGAAACAUCCAGGCGCUGGCGAGAGAUGGGGGCUAUCGCGGAAACGGGAGAGCUCAGUACAGCCAGCCAGCCGACAAGCGGAACGUAGCCGCCUUGGCCCGCAAUGGGAUGAUUCACCUUCAUAAAAAGGACAUGUCUGGUGGUGACGAAUAUUAUUUUCCCUUUUAUCAGAACCCUGCAGAGCCUUCCGACAUCGAUGACAAUGAGAUAUACGACUGGCAACAAUUCGUAAACCCAGACUUGUUUCCUCCCUUGUCACAAGUUUACAAGCGAGGUGGUCCCAUGCCACAAAAUGAAUAUGAAAAUCUUGAAGAGAAUGGCUACGCAGGGUAUGGAACUCCUGCUGAAAUGGACGACAAUUGGUACUUUAAGCGAGGAUCCGUUGGUUUGCCGGUGUUGGGCAUGUAUAGGCCCACAUUUGGAGACCAAAAUACUAGGACUAAGAGAUACAUUCUUUCUCUGCCUGAUGUCAUUGACAAGAAUGAUAUUCAUGACACCGAAGACACGGAAAAUGGAGAUAAACGAUCCGUUGAUGAUGAUGACGAUGUGCGCGAUAAUUUUGUAAAGCGACACAUUGGGUCACUGGCCCGGUUAGGCUUACUGCCAUCAUUUAGGUUUUCAGGCGGACGCUAUAGUAGGUCCGGUCGCGCUAGGCUGCUAUGGCCUAGUCAGGAAUUGUACAGGAAGCAUUCCCCUGACGAGAAUUUCGGAAUUAGGCAAUAUAUCCCUAGUUCCGAUGCUGAGCCAGUCGAUACAGACGACGCCGACCUACCGGCGGCGCCAGUACUUGCUCACACGCACCCGACCGGCCGCCUCCUCCACAGACCGCUAGACGACGACGAGCCCGGCUCCAGCCCUCUGCCAUCGCCCACCUCCCUAGAAUCCAUCACCAAGAACCGGUGGCCGAUCAACAACAAAGAAGUCCCCAAGUUCUAUUACUUUAGGUCCCUCAAACUUCCCUAUCACAAUUCGGGAAAGCGGUAUCUCUUGCUGCCGGCCGUCGACAACAUCCUCCUGAGGAAGAACUACCCCAACAGCAGUCUGCCGGGCCGGCGAAAGAAUCAGUAGCCAUGUAACUGUCGGCUGAGUGGCGGCGCGCGAUAACUCGUUAAAACUACCAACAUAUAUCUAAAUAGGCUUAGCACGUAAUAAAGGGCUACCGCUAUUAAAAUAAAAAUCGACUUUAUUGCCAUUUAGUCGAUUUGGUUGUAUCGGUAUUUUGACCCUUCAAUGCAUCGCGUACUGUUAAAUUCUAGCGUGCCAUUUUUUUGUGAAAUGACAUGUCACGAGUAUUUGAAUGGCUAUAGAAGGGUGGAUCAAGAUCAAGCAAGGAUUCACAUUUUUAAAGUUGACAAUUUUUCCCGAAAAUUUUGAAUUCGAUUAUUUUAAGUAACUGUUAUUUGGCAUGUACAAUUAUACAUUAGGUGUACGUAGGGUGCCUAUUAAGAUAUAUGUCUGAAGAUUUAAUUGUCUGCAGUAGCGUAGAUGGUUAAAAAUAUCAAUCAUGGCUGGCGCGCCUUCAACUCAAGCUGUAAGACGUUAAACAACUUUACUAUGGGUACUUUUCCAUCUAAUAAGGUACCAAUGAACUCAAUGAUGGGAACCAGUUAGAUCAAUUAUAUUACUAUAUGAUGAAUAACUUUCAUUCUCUUCUGUAAGUUCUUUAAAUUAUGAUGCUUUAUGAAUACAAUUAUGAAAUGCCGCGAUUCCCUUAAUUUCAGAAAUGUUUACAGAUUUGUUUGUGUUUACCAAUGCUUCAUAGUUUUUAUACAUACAUCGCAGGAACAAAGGAUACCGGAUAUAGUAUAGACAAUAAAUUUAAUCUAAAUGAUACACUAUAACGUAUUGAUGUUAAAUGUUGUUGUGACAAUGAACUAAUUAAGCAUAUAAGUUUGAAAUAGGCUAGUGACACUUAGGAUAUAUCGGACAUUUUUACAAAACGACUUUGGCCAGUUUAACCUGUGACAGAUAUAGUUUAGCUAAUCAAUAAGUUUAUGUUGUCAAUCACAAUACAAGAAUUGAAAAACGUAAAAAACAUGAUAGUCUUGACAAUAUAACAAAUAAGUAGUUUCUUAAAUAAAAAUCAUAGCUCUAAGAUACUAUUUACUGUCUGGUGUCUUCUGCAGUUAUAUAAUAACAAUGUUAAUUAAAGAGCUUUUUGAUCUCUAACCGCUUAUCGAUAUCAAGAUUGUGAAUCGAUUUAAAACCAACAUAUCCUUGGUAGUUAAGUCUUACUUUUGAUAGUGAGACUACUAGACUAGCUGUGUUUGACAAAUAAAUAUAGAACAUAUUUUGCUUUUCAUAAUUUAAUAAAGCUUUAUAAGAUUUUACGUGAAAUGAAAAAUCUUCUACUAAUAAAGAUACAAAUUAAAUUGCUAAUAUUAAUGCUUUAAAACUAAUUCAUAUUUAUACACGAUGUAUUUUUUCUUUAUAAGUAGAAAUGGAGCCUGUGAUAAGAGAAAGGAUUUCUUCGCGUGAUUUCAGUACCUAUCAAAAUCUUGAACAACUUUUACCAAUUAUAAAAUAAACCUUUAAAUAUUCUUGUACCACUUCUUGGCUAAAAUGUUUGACAAUAAUACGAACGAAUGUGACCAUAAGAACGAUAAUAACUUUUAAAAUCCUAAUAUUUUUACUGUAGAGUUAGUACUUUCUCCUGAAUAGUAGAUAUGAGGUAACUGUAACACUAAUAUUUUUAAAAUGGAUUUAUAAUAAGUAUUCAAUUUUACUGUCGUGUUUAUUGUAAAUAAAUAUAGACAACCGUGCCAA